GAAAACUUCCAAGAAAAUGAUCAACUAAAAAAACAACAAAAUUAGAAACAAAGAGAAAAAAAACAAGAAGAAGAAGAAGAAUUAAGAGAAAUGGGAAGAGCUCCUUGUUGUGAUAAGAACAAUGUUAAAAGAGGGCCAUGGUCACCAGAAGAAGAUGCUAAGCUUAAAGAAUUCAUUGAAAAAUAUGGUACUGGUGGAAAUUGGAUUGCUCUUCCUCAAAAAGCUGGAUUAAAGAGAUGUGGAAAGAGCUGCAGAUUGAGAUGGCUAAAUUAUCUAAGGCCAAAUAUAAAGCAUGGUGAUUUUUCUGAUGAGGAAGAUAGGGUUAUAUGCAGUUUAUAUGCCAGCAUUGGAAGCAGGUGGUCAAUUAUAGCAGCUCAGUUACCAGGAAGGACCGACAAUGAUAUCAAAAACUAUUGGAACACAAAGCUUAAGAAGAAGCUGAUCAUGGGUUUUAUUCCGUCAUCAUCUAAUAUUAACCAGAGAACUAAAUCACCUAAUUUAUUAUUCCCUCCUACAAGUACUCUUCAAACAACUUUUCAACCCCAAUCCCAAGCAUCAAUUUCAAAUCUUUUAAGAGAUUCAUAUCUAGAGCCCAUUCCUCUAGUCCAACCAAAUUUCAUGUACAACAACAAUAACAUGAUGAACUUUCAAUUAGGUACAAAUAAUCAACAUUCUUAUAAUUUUCAUGAUCAAAGCUUAAUGAAUCCCAUGCAAGCAAUUAGUUCUUGUUCCUCUGAUGGGGUAAGUUGCAACCAAAUUAACUAUGGAAAUGAGGAAAUAAUGUGUCAAAUUCCUUUUGAAGAAACCCAAAAGUUUACACUUGACAAUUAUUGUAGUACUUGGGCUGAUCAUCAAAAGGCAAAUGGAUAUUUUGGGAAUAACUUUCAAAGUAGUCAAUUCCAGUAUGAUCAUCAUACUAAUAUUGAAGAAGUUAAGGAGUUGAUUAGUAGUAGCUCUAGCAAUGGCAAUGGAUGUAACAAUGUAGGGUACUGGGGUUAA